ACUGCGCUGUGACUGUAUUCCAGUGAAAGGCGUUUGACAGCUUGUCGGAAUAAAAGGAAAUGGGAGCGAAGCGAUAGCAUUACUCAUCUCCAUGGAGCGCCGUAUAACGAGCCAUCCUUCAAAUAACCCGUUUUAGAGAAAAUGGUGCCCAGUUCAACGACUGGUUAAUAACAGACAGCCUGAUUUUUGCCCCAUUACAGUCAUAAUACAGUGAGCGUCGACCUUGCUGGUGUGGCCAUGAAUCCGGCGGAACAAACGGUUACUUGGCUCAUUACCCUUGGGGUUUUGGAAUCACCAAAAAAGACCAUUUCGGACCCCGAUGGAUUUCUGCAGGCUUCGCUGAAGGAUGGGGUCGUCCUGUGCAGGUUGCUGGAGCGGCUGCGUCCAGGCACUACUGAUAAAAUUAUCCAAGACCCCAAGAACGACAGCGAGUGCUUGAGCAACAUCACGGAGUUUCUGAAGGGCUGCGCGGUGUUUCGCGUCCCAUUUGAGGCUGGUGACCUGCUUCAGGGUCACAACAUCAGCAGAGUCCUCACUACACUGGUUGCCCUCAAUAAAGUAACUGCAGAUAUUGGCAUUGGCAGCGACUCUGUAUGUACGCGUCACUCUUCCGCCCACCGGAUCAAGUCCUUUGAAUCGCUGGCCUCCCAGUCUUCACUGGGCCGAUCUUCUAAAUUGCUCCAUAACCAGUUUCGCAGCCUUGACAUGACGGACAACAGUAACGCUCAGUUAGUGGUUAAAGCUCGCUUCAACUUCCAGCAGACCAAUGAGGAUGAGCUUACUUUCAGCAAAGGCGACCUCAUCAGUGUCACUCGCACAGAAGAAGGGGGUUGGUGGGAAGGAAUCCUCAACGGCAAGACGGGCUGGUUUCCGAGCAAUUAUGUCAAAGAGGUCAAAGGGUCUGACAAACAGGUGUCCCCAAAAUCUGGAAAUCUUAAAAGCCCUCCCAAAGGUUUUGAUACCGCAUCCAUCAGUAAAACCUACUACAACCUGGUGCUACAGAACAUAUUAGAAACUGAAACAGAGUAUUCAAGGGAACUCCAGAACCUUUUGACCAGCUAUCUGAGACCUCUACAGAUGACAGAAAGACUGAGCCCUGCAGAUGUUAGUGUCAUUCUCGGGAACCUGGAGGAGAUCAGCACUUUCCAGCAGACUCUGGUCCAGUCACUGGAGGAUCUCACCAAGCUUCCAGAGCUGCAGCAGAAGGUGGGAGGCUUCUUUCUCAACCUCAUGCCUCAGAUGAGGUCUCUUAAUGUGUCUUACUGCUCCAACCAUCCAUCGACAGUCAAUGUUCUUACCGUUCACAGUGAAGAACUUGGGGAGUUCAUGGAGGCCAGGGGUGCAUCUGUACCUGGUAUUCUCACACUGACCUCGGGCCUCAGCAAACCCUUUAUGAGGCUGGACAGAUAUCCCACGUUACUGAAGGAGCUGGAGAGACACAUGGAGGAGGGUCAUCCAGACAGGACAGAAAUUCAGAAAUGUAUGACCGCCUUCAAGAAUCUCUCUGCACAAUGUCAGGAGGUGCGGAAACGCAAGGAGCUGGAGCUUCAGAUCCUGGCAGAGACCAUUCGCCUCUGGGAGGGCGAGGACAUCAAGACAUUGGGUUCAGUACUGUAUAUGAGUCAGGCCAUGGUACAGAACCACGGCUGUGAGGAGAAGAAUGAGCGUUACCUUUUGCUAUUUCCUCAUGUUUUGCUCAUCCUGUCCGCCAGUCCAAGGAUGAGUGGCUUCAUCUACCAGGGCAAGCUACCUUUGAGUGGGAUGACUGUGACCCCAUUAGAAGACUGUGAGAGUCAUAAAAAUGCUUUUGAGCUCUCGGGAAGCAUGUUUGAGAGGCUUCAGGUGAUCUGCUAUAACAAGCAGGAUUUGCACGACUGGCUCGAGCAUCUGAAUCGACAGACCAAACACACCACCAUGGCGGCACCCAGCAUGAAACCCCUCACUGUCCCCUGCCACACACUCCCGUCUCACCCUCUGACGCCCUCCAGACAUGGAGAAAGCCGGGGCCUAACUGUGGCUCCUGCUUACCACACCCUACCACACCCCUCCUCUCAUGGGACCCCUCAUAGCACCAUGAUGUGGGGUCCACUGGAGCCCCCAAAAACCCAGAAGCCCUGGAGCCUGAGUUGCUUGCGUCCAGCGCCUCCACUCAGGCCCUCAGCUGCUCUCUGUUAUAAAGAGGACCUCAGUAAAAGCCCCAAGACUAUGAAGAAGCUGCUGCCCAAGAGAAAGCCUGAGAGGAAGCCGUCUGACGAGGAGUUUGCGCUAAGGAAGAGUACUGUAGCUCUAGAGGAGGACGCUCAAAUCCUGAAAGUGAUCGAGGCCUACUGCACGAGUGCCAAAACCAGACAAACUCUAAACUCAACAUGGCAAGGCACUGAUCUCAUGCACAACCACGUUUUGGAUCAGUCCAGCGCGGAUUCUCUGGGCCGCCGUAGCAGUAUCUCGAGGCCCGAGGCCACUUCUGACCUCUCAGAGGACUCUGAUUAUGACAGUAUAUGGACGGCCCACAGUUACAGGAUGGGCUCUGUUACCCGACAGUGGAAAGAUGGCAGUCCAGCAUUGAUAGUUCCUGGCGACGAGAAGUUCAGUGUAGACGAGUUGAAGAGUAACGGUCAGACUCUUCUGGAGGAGAAGAGUCUUGUUGAUGUUGUUUAUGCUCUGAGAGAUGAAGUACAAGAACUUAAACAGGACUAUAAAAAAAUGAAAAAAUCCCUGGAGGAAGAACAGAGAGCUCGGAAAGAUUUGGAGAGGAUCGUUAAAAAAAUGCUAAAGAAUAUGAAUGAUCCUUCUUGGGAUGAGACAAAUUUAUGAUAUUAGCUGCCCUCUUACUACAGGUUUCUUAUUUUAAACUGGAUAAAUGACCUGGAAGCCCUUAUAGGUCAUAUAAAUUUACCUUUAUCAUGGACAUGGGUUAAUAUGAGUCUGCAGUAGCAUAAAAAUGUUACGUGUUGAAUCUAAUACGGCUCUAAAAAUUGAAAAACACUAAUUUUAUUGCUUAACAAUCAUGAUCGCAUCAGGCGGCAUGAAUGUUAUCUGUUGAAUUUGUCUUCCACCUGAUGAUAGGUGCUGAGAAGGACAGUUCCUUAGUCAGUUUGGGAUCGAGAGUGUCCUGUUUUUCUACAAAAUUACCUUUAUCACUACAAGAGUUCAAGAGAUCAUCAGAUUUUACAGGUACUUGUGGUUUUUAAAUGGCUUUUAUUUAGAUGCACACUGAUUUAAAAUUUUUACUCUGUGAAUACUUUCAUGAUGUGAACUUUCUCCAUUCCAUUUAAUUGUUUACAUGCAGAUGUUGAUAUUUAAUUAUUAUUU